GUUCGCCAUCGCCAUCAUCGUUACCUCACUUAUGUGCGCCGGAUGUUCCUCUACAACGUGUUGAAGGGAAACUCACGUGUGUGUUUUUUAUCCUACACCGCACGCUCAAUAAUUGGAUCAAAAAGGAACAUAUUCAGCGACCGUCAGUGUAAUUCGGAGUCAUGGGUCGUAAGUUGGAUCCCACCAGCACUGUGAAGAGAGGGCCGGGGAGAAAGUCCAGGAAGCAGAAAGGAGCGGAAACAGAGUUGUCCAAGUUUAUACCUGAUGAGGAUACAACAGCAAAACGUCUGUCAAGUAGAGGCAGGAAGAGAGCUGCAAAAAGAGUCCUGAACAAGAAAAAGCCUAAAGAUGCUGCUCAGGAAAAGCCGAAGAAAGGAUUCACCGACGAGAACAGUAAAUGGUUGACACCGGCUAAGAGGAAGCGCAAAAUGGAAGAACCUGAAAAUGAGGAUGACAGUGAUGAACACUGGGAAAAUGAGGAAGAUAUGGAAGAGGAGGAGGAGCAGACAAAGAAAGUAGCAAAAGGAAAGAAGAGCGCCAAAUUAGAAGUUGAAGGAGGAGAGGAGGAGGAGGAGGAGGAGGACGAUGAUGAUGAUGAUGAAAUGGUUGACGACUACGGUGCAGCUGAUGGCGGCAGUGGUGAAGAAGAAGGAGAAAGUGAUGGAGAGCUUCUUCCCAUCGAGCGUGCAGCAGCGAAAGCAAAAAAGAUGAAGGAAGACUUUGAUCUUGGGAGUGAUGAGGAUGAAGACAGCGAUGAUGAAGAUGAACCCGAAGAGAAAAAGAAAUCUGAUUCUGACGAGGAUGAUGAAGAGGAUGACACAGUGCAAGCCAACAUGGAUGACAUGGACGCGUUUAAGCUUCCCGGGGCAGAGGAGAGUGCGAAAGAAGGCAUCCUGCCUCUGGACCUGAAGACGAUCCAUCAGAGGAUAAAGGACAACAUCGAAGUGCUCUGUAACUUCUCCACAAAGAGAGAGGAGGGCAAAGAGAGAGCCGAGUACAUCUCCCUCCUGAAGAAGGAUCUGUGUACUUACUACAGCUACAACCACUUCCUCAUCGAGAAGUUAAUGGACCUCUUCCCCCUUUCAGAGCUGGUUGAUUUCCUCGAGGCGAAUGAAAUCCACAGACCUGUCACCAUCCGCACCAACACACUGAAAACCAGGAGGAGGGAUCUGGCACAGGCCCUGAUCAACAGAGGGGUGAACCUUGACCCUUUGGGGAAAUGGUCUAAAGUGGGUUUGGUCAUUUAUGACUCCUCAGUACCCUGUGCGACCCCGGAGUAUCUGUCCGGUCAGUACAUGCUGCAGGGGGCCUCCAGCUUCCUGCCCGUCAUGGCGCUCUCUCCUCAGGAGGGGGAGAUAGUGCUGGACAUGAGCUCAGCUCCAGGAGGAAAGACCACUUAUAUUGCUCAGCUGAUGAGAAACACAGGGACGAUCGUGGCCAACGACGCCAACGCCGACAGACUGAAGAGUGUGGUGGGAAACAUCCACCGUCUGGGCGUCACCAACACUGUGGUCUGCAACUACGAUGGGAGGCAGUUCCCAAAGGUGAUGGGUGGGUUUGACAGAGUGCUGCUCGAUGCUCCGUGCUCCGGCACCGGAGUCAUCGCUAAAGAUCCGGCUGUGAAGACCAGCAAGGAUGAAGCUGACAUCCAGCGCUCGGCUCACUUACAGAAGGAACUGAUUCUGGCCGCCAUCGACUCCGUCAACGCUGAGUCCUCUACAGGAGGAUAUCUGAUCUACUGCACAUGCUCCAUUAUGGUGGAGGAGAAUGAAUGGGUGGUGGACUACGCUUUAAAGAAAAGGAACGUCAAAUUAGUUCCCACUGGACUGGACUUUGGCAAGGAAGGCUUCACCAGGUUUAAGGAACGUAGAUUCCAUCCUACUCUGAAACUGACUCGCCGGUUUUACCCUCAUUCCCACAACAUGGACGGGUUUUUCGUGGCCAAGCUUAAGAAAUUCUCCAAUGUUGUUCCAACUGCACUAGGAGUAAAAGAAGAGGAAAAUGCAGAUGCUCCUGAGGCGACAGAGGUUACAGAAUCUCCUGAAGAGAAACCCGCCAAAGGAGACAAGAAAAAGAAGAUCGUCCCCGGAAAGGCCGGUGACUUAAAGGGAAAACCCCAAACCAACGGAGCGGCAGCCAAGAAAAAGGCGAUCGUCAAGCCAACAGGCAAAAAGGACUCACCUGCGGGACCAAAAAAGGCAAAGAAAGCUAAGAUGGACGGAGAGACUGUGAAAGGAGCCAAGAAACCUGCAGCGACAACAGCUGAUGAAUCUAAAGCAACGAAGGCUGACAAAAAGAAAGGGAGCCGAUUUGAGAAAAAGCAGGGCAAACAGAGUAAAUCACCGGCGAAGCAAAGGAUGGGAAAGAAUAAAUUCAAAAAGCUACAGAGCCUGUUGAAAAAUGACGUAGAGUGACGGUGUGUACAGCGGGAUGAAUUUAACCAGAUUAUGUAAGAGCUUUCUAGAGCUUUAUGGACCCAGAUUUCUUCAGCUAAACGGUGUUAUUACAGUGCUGCGAUACUGUAUGUGUCAGUCGGAUAUUAUUUGUAAUGCCUGUGUACAAAUGCAUUGGACUGGUUAGUGAUCUGAAGUCAAUUCGGUUCUCCCUUUUUUAUUUGUAUUCAAGAAUGUUCAUUAUGUUUGUCUGUUGAUUUAAUUGCAGGGUGGGAUUACUUCCAUUAAUCUGUGAAACAUAAUAAUAAAUCUUUUAAGAUAUUUCUCAUCA